AUGGAUCCGAAGAUGACAGAUGAUCUAAGGAAUCCAGAAUUGGGGAACGUAUUUUUCGAAAAGGCCAUGAAAGGGAGAUGGGAUGAAGUCGUCGAUAUAUGUACGGAAAACCCAAUGUCUCUGGUGGCCGGGAUCACCAGGUUGAAGGACACACUGUUACACCUAGUUGUCUCCGACGGUCAAGUGGAGACGGUCCGAAAACUCAUAGAUAUCAUCAUCUCCAAUCAAUUACCAAAUCCCGAAAUGCUACUCCGGACUAAAAACGAGAGAGGGAACACCGCUCUCCAUAUUGCUGCACUAAUGGGGAAUGAGGCCAUGUGUAAGUGUAUAGCAACUGUUGAUUCUUUAUUAAUCGGAGAACGUAACAAUGAGGGCGCGAGAGACUCCUCUUUACACUGCAGUGUUCUUCGGUAA